CACAAUUUGAACCGUGUCUCUCGAAGCAAAAACAUCCUCCCAAACCCAACAACUAUAUUCGCCCAACUAGCAACCAUGAGUCCCCCUCAAGUAGAUGGCUACCGCCUUGUGUGGUCUGACGACUUCAAUGGAAGCCAAGGCCAAGCUGUAGACCCGUCCAAAUGGGACUACAGAACGGGUGUCGGCAACAGCAACGGCGAGAUUCAGAGGUACACUACAGACUCUGGCAAUGCUCAUCUUUCGGGAGAUGGGCAGCUGUACAUUCUUCCCAAGAAAUCCGGCAGCUCCUGGACCUCGGCCCGUCUUGAGUCCGACGGCUCGUGGAGCUGCGAUUCGAACAAAGCCAUGAUUUUCCAGGCCGAGAUCUGGGUCCCCGAUUUCACCGGCAGCCCCGAGAAGUACAAAGGUCUCUGGCCCUCGUUCUGGACAAAGGGUCUGUCCAACCGCAACGGCACCGGUUGGCCUGACUGCGGCGAGUGGGACAUUCUCGAGGUGACCAACAAAAUGAGCAAUCGAAACCAGGGCACGCUGCACUUCCGCGACGCGACGGGGAACCACAAUGGCGGAUUCAACGGCAGCGUCAACUACCAAGGCGGCCAGUAUCACACUUGGGCUUUCAAGGUCGACCGACGCGGCGGGAACUGGAUGACGGACAAGUUGAUUUGGUACCUGGACGGAAAGGAGUUCUAUCGCGUCACCGGGGAAAUGGUUGGCACUCUGGAGCAGUGGAAGCAACUGGCCUGGCAGCCGUACUUUAUCAUUCUCCAGGUCGCUGUUGGCGGAUCGUAUGCUGAUUUUCCGACUGACAACACCGUCAGCGGUUACGAUGGCUCGAUGCGUGUGAGAUAUGCUGCUGUGUACAAGUCUGAUUAAUGGCUGUUGGAGAUUCAAGAAGCCAUUAAGCCGAGCGUUAGCUGAGUUUGAGAAUACGGAUUUGAGUAUCUAAAGUUUGAUGGGUGCCAAGUACUCGGGCACAAUCUCGC